ACAGUCGAAUCAGCUGGACGACAGAUGCGCUGAGAGCAGCCUGAUUCAACCUGAGGUUUACUGUGCCGCAGUGAGAAUGAUCUGAUAACCGCUUCUGUCCAUCCUGCACAUUCCCGGACAACGAGGAGAGGGGAAAAGUACGCUAGGAUAGUUAAAGGAGCGACGCAGAAAAGCUGAGGUCACACUUCUCGGAACUCAUUCACAUUUUCACCCGGAACAGCUGCUAUUUAUUUGCAUCAAACGAUGGAUGAGUGUUUACAGGAGCUGACAGCUGCGCACUUGGUCGUCCCGUGAUGUUACUUUGCAUGGAUUAGUGAGCGGCACAGCCUAAACAUCCUGGCCUGUCCAACUGUAGGCCGGCGAUUUGUCUGCGGAACAAAUCACAUUUGUAUAGUUUACGCUGGAGCGGGGAUCUUGUGCAAUGUGGAGGGAACUGUUUUCGUGAGCUCAUAGGUUGAACUGGCAAUGACAUCAGGUUUAACUUGAAUACUCCGGUGCUGUAUUGCAGCAAGGUGGAUCGGGGCGCCAAGGAGCAACGCGCGCAUCCUCCUAGCUGGACAUUUUGUUGAGGUGUUCUGUUUCCUAAACACAUUCAAAGCAUAAGGCCAUACAUACAUCCUGAGCUGGCAAACUGCGUCACUGCAUGCGAGUGGUCCAGGUAGGCAGCAAACUCUCCCACCACCGGGAGAUGAGCAUCAUCCUCCCUGCACAAUGUCGCCGGUAAGUGCUUAACAAUUAAAAAAAGGGAUGGAUUCGGCGGAUCAUUCGAGUAAAGAUCCGCCACUGGGAUCCACAUAUUCCUCAGCACCCAAUUUAGACUCGGACAUUAAUGCAAAUGCACAUAGGGCUGUUUAUCAGAAUGGAACAGACCACAAUGUUAACAACAUCCAAAUCGCAGCCCUGCGAGGAGCAAGUGACCCAAGCGCAUACCCCUGCACAGACUACCGGGCGCUGGUCCGCCAGAGGUUCAUUCGGCGGAGUUUGUGGGUGUCAGACUGCGAGGAGCAGCAGCCGGUGGACACAGCGGAGUCUGUCAACAGCAGCCCGUUGCCCCACAUUGACCUGCGGACCAUCGUUGAUCGGAGUCGGACUCGAGUUCUGCACGGAACCCGCCUGGGCCUCCAGGAGACUCCAAGCACGGAGAGCCAGGUGGGGCUGAAGGACCGCGCCACAGAGAGCGUGAGCACCAACGAGUCGAAGGGAGACCGGAGCGAAGCCAAGCCAAAGGUAGAGGUUGCGCCCUCGGAUGUCACAGGUAAAGCAGGAAGUGAUGAGAAUGAAGAGGAGCCCGGGAUGAAGGCUGUGUCCACUUCACCUGGGGGGCGCUUCCUAAAGUUUGACAUUGAGCUGGGGAGAGGGUCCUUCAAGACCGUAUAUAAAGGACUUGACACCGAGACCUGGGUCGAAGUGGCAUGGUGUGAACUCCAGGAACGGAAACUGUCCAAAGUGGAGAGACAGAGGUUCAAAGAGGAGGCAGAGAUGUUAAAGGCUCUCCAGCAUCCCAACAUUGUGCGUUUCUAUGACUUCUGGGAAUCACCGGUUAAAGGGAAGAAGUGUAUCGUACUGGUGACAGAGCUAAUGACCUCAGGGACACUAAAAACAUAUCUGAAGCGUUUUAAGGUGAUGAAGCCUAAAGUUCUCAGGAGCUGGUGCAGGCAGAUUCUCAAAGGCCUCCACUUCCUCCACACAAGAACUCCUCCAAUCAUCCACAGAGAUCUCAAGUGUGACAACAUCUUCAUCACUGGUCCUACAGGCUCUGUCAAAAUAGGAGACCUGGGCCUGGCAACGCUGAAGAGGGCCUCGUUUGCCAAAAGUGUUAUUGGCACUCCAGAGUUCAUGGCCCCAGAGAUGUAUGAGGAACACUAUGAUGAGGCUGUGGAUGUCUACGCCUUUGGGAUGUGUAUGCUGGAGAUGGCCACCUCAGAAUAUCCCUACUCUGAGUGUCAAAAUGCUGCUCAGAUCUACCGCAAAGUCACCAGUGGGGUGAAACCUGCCAGCUACAGCAAAGUCAGUGACCCAGAAAUUAAGGAAAUAAUCGGGGAAUGUAUCUGCCACAGAUGGGAAGAAAGGUACUCCAUCAAGGACCUCCUGAAUCAUGCCUUCUUUGCAGAGGAUACAGGCGUGAGAGUAGAGCUCAAUGAAGAUGAUGAUGGGAAGAAAUCAUCCAUUGCCCUGAAGCUGUGGGUUGAGGAUACUAAAAAGCUGAAGGGGAAGUACAAGGAAACUGGUGCCAUUGAGUUUUCCUUUGACUUGGUGAACGAAGUCCCAGAGGUUGUUGCUCAAGAAAUGGUGGAAUCAGGCUUUUUUCUGGACUGUGAUGUGAAGACAGUCGGCAAGUCCAUCCGGGACCGUGUGGCUCUUAUCAAAUGGAAAAGGGAGCGGACUGUCUCGGCGGGAAAUGGUGAGGCAGCUGUGAAGAAGCCGCAGCAGAACCUACUGAAAGUGCCCGGUGCCGUUGUACCACAGGCAGCAACAUUAAAUACAACAGAUUAUGAGGACCAAGAAGCUGAGCAGCAGACUCUGAUCUGCACCGUGCCAGCCGCCACGUCUACCACAUCUGACAGCGGAGUGGGCUCUGCCAUGCAAUUAGAUGAUCUAAAUAAUCAACAAAAUAGCCCCUACCAGUCGCUUCCAGAGUCCAUUUCAACAGCUCAGAUUAUCUACAGUCCUCCUGCGCUGGUUGACCCUCAGCUGCACCAGGGGCCCUACCAGCGACCAACAGCACAGGCCUCUCAUGAAAACUACACACAAACAUCGACUCAACUACACCAGGGAGCCUACCAGCAAACCACAGGUCAGCUGCAUCCUGGGGUCUAUCAUCAACCUGCUGCACAACUGCACCAGGGGCCUUAUCGGUCUCAAACAUGCCAUCACCAACCAGCUGCUGUCCCACCCCAGGUACAGAUGAACGCAACCCAGGGUAAUUUGGGAGAUUUUUACCCUAGGGCCCCAGUCCAACCUGUCUUGCCUGCUGAUCAGACUCCUCUAUGGGGAAGUGGAGUAGAUGCAGAAACGUAUGUAGCUCCUACAGAUCCAGCUGCAGCAUCAUUCUCAGCUACAGCCCAAUUUGAAACUCAAGCACCAGCACAAACUCCAGCUCUGGUCCCAGCACAAAAACAACCACAGCUCCAACUUUCAGCUCAAGCUAAAGUCAUGCCUCAAACUCCGGCUUCAACCUAUCUUAAUGCCGCAACUUCAUUCCCAAUACAAGUUCCAACAGCCGUGCAAACCAUAGCUCCAGUUCAAGCACCACUCUCUGCAUCGGAUCUCGCUUUUGAAUCACCAAAAGGCUCAUCUACAAGCUCAGACACUUCUUCUGCAAUUGGUAGACCCAAACUCUCCGUCCCAGGUUUAGGUUCUACCCCAAUCCCUGGCACACUGCCAGCCACAGCUCCUGUCACAGCUUCUGUCCCAGCUGCAGUUCUGCAGCCUGCUGGCAUCCAGACAGCAGUCUCAGUGUCUGAGUGUGCCAGCCUGGCUUCAACUCAGCAAAACUUUGAGUUGACAUCUGCAUCUAGCACCUUUCAACAAGACUCCUGUCUAGAGGAUGUGCUUCAGGACAAACCUUCAUGUUUACCCAGUUAUGCCUAUGACAGUCUCAACUCUGACGUGGCAUCUGGUAAGGAAACAAGUGACGGCUAUGACAGCUUGGCUAGUGGAGGGAAGGGGGACGGAAAACCCAGGAAGCACCACCGCAAGUCUGCCCGCACACGCUCUCGGCAAGAAAGGACCAGCAAACCCAAACUGAGCAUGCUCAAUGUUUGCAACACUGGUGAUAAAAUGGUCGAAUGCCAGCUGGAGACUCACAACCACAAAAUGGUGACAUUUAAAUUUGAUCUGGAUGGAGAUGCUCCAGAGGAAAUUGCCACUUACAUGGUAGAGAAUGGGUUCAUCCUACUGUUAGAGAAAGAGAUCUUCAUAGACCAGCUUAAGGACAUUGUGGAUAAAGCUGAAGAUAUGCUGAACGAAGACAUGGAGGGUGAAAGGGCUUCCGCCUUGAGCUGUAGUCCUGAACAAGGCCAGAUUUUUGAAGGACUGGUUGGAGAGAAUCAGCAGCCUGGAGCACAUCAGCCUGUCUAUCAGCAGAAUGUUCUUCAUACAGGAAAGAGAUGGUUCAUAAUCUGCCCCGUUGAGGAGACGCCCUCAUCCAGCCAGGACACCCCAUCUGAUGGUACAGCUACACAGUCUCCUGGGAGUUCAGCCACUACCCAGCCUGCUGACAGUGGCACUGCAAAGCCGUCUGCUUCCAGAGAAAAAGGGUCGUCUUCCACUAUGUCUGGUGGAAGUGAAGGCUUCACCUAUGAUGUGUAUGGAUUCUGUAGCCCUCCGAUCAUGUCCAACACAGACCCUCUCUUCUUAGCUACUCUGUCUCCCCCUGUGUCUGCUCCCCCGACCCUUCAGUCAGUGACGUCGGUGGUGCCUGCGGGCACCAUGGUGCAGCCCAGUGUUCAUCAGGCCCAGCCAGCCAGAGCUCAAACUUUGCCCCCGUCAUCCCCACAUACGUCUUUCCCAGUUGAUGAGUCACGGGGAUCCCCUUUGGGCUCCAUCUCUCCGAUCCAUGCAGCUCAGCAGAUGCCCGACAUGCCAUGCCCUGUUUCUAUGGCUGACGAGGUGCCCUGCUGCCCUCUGGUCAUGCCCCUGUCUCUGGAUGUGAGCGGUUUACAGGCUGGGCCUCCUCUUGCUCCCCUUCCACUCCAGGAGCCAGGUUCAGCCAAAGUGCCACUGUCUGUCUCCUAUGCCUCAGCAGCACGCAGCGAGCGCCAACAGCAGCCUGUGGUGCUUCACCAGCCUUUUUCCAGUGUGGGAGGAACAAAAAUGUCCUCAGUACCCCAGAGCCCAGCGCCAUCCCAGCACGGCGCAGGGCCCGGCGAGUCAGACGGCGAAGGACGGCUUGGCCGUGGGGGCUUUGUGGACAGUACCAUAAAAACACUGGAUGAGAAACUUAGGAACUUGCUCUACCAGGAAUAUGCUCCCAUGUAUCCAUCAGGCUGUGCUGCAGAGACACCAGGCUCCUGCACCGAGUACAUCCAGUCUCCUCCUGGUCCAGACAGUGCCACAGGAGGGUCCGGAAACAGCACGCCAGGGCCGAUGGGGGAGGGACGCUACAGGGUAGGAGAACAGCUGCCUCAGAUUCCAGAGAGAAUGGAUAGUUUGAGCACACUGAGUGACUCAGCCGUGUGUGCUUCGCUCUCAAGAAGACAUGUUCCUCACUCUUCUUCCUGCUCUGGAACAAGAGGCCGAUUUAAGAUAAUCUCUGUACCUCCUGAAGUGGCCAACAGACGAGAUGUAAAGCAGAGGAGCUGGAGCAGUGCUGCUUCACCGGCACACCCUGUAGGAUACAGUGAGGACUAUGUCCAGGCUGAAUCAAUGUCAGCAUCCACCACAAUUGGCCGUUUCUCUGUGGUUAGCACCGAAGAUGACAUUACUCAGAGGACGCGUUGCAGCCGCUACUCUGCCCCGCCUGAUUUCUACCUGGACACACCUCCGUCCAUGGCCAAGCGGGGCUCCCUGCCUCACGCACUGACCUCAAACUCUGUCGCUGUGGAUGUCACGGUCCAUGCUCGUUUCCUCUCCUCAGACUCGGGGGCUGAGAGCAGCCCUGCAAAGCUGGCUCCCGCCACCCCGUCACAACAUACUCGCUCUGAGCGCAGGGGAAGUGACCUCAUGAAGAGAGCAGUGGCCUUCCUCCGUCGUUCAGGGCGCAGCAGCAGUGUGCAGAGCUCUGACUCACCAAGUAGGCAUGGAGGCGUGCACGGCUCGGCCUAUGCCAGCAGCGAUAAUGACUCAGAGAUGGAGGACUCAGACAUGAAGAGGGAACUACAGAGACUCAGGGAGAAACAUCUAAUGGAGAUCUCUGAGCUGCAGGCCCAUCAGCGAGGGGAAGUGGAGUUGCUGUAUUGCCGGCUUGGCAAAGCCCCUCCUACUGGCCUGGGUCUCUCACACGUUGCACCACAUGCCGGCCGUAGGAAGAGGUCCAGCAAGCACAGACUGAAGCCUGGCAAACUUCUCAGCCCUCUGGUUCAACAAUUUAGAAAUGUCACAACCAAAAGUAGUGACUCCAGCAGAUCUGGUGCUGCUACGGGUACAAGUGAGCCCACAGUGAGUUUAAAUGGCUCACCAGCCAAAGGGUCUUUCCUCACUCAAGGGAGGGCACGUUCAUGCACCAGUCACCUUCCCAGCUCAGAGCCCGUGCAGACUCAGCAGCCCUGUUCCCUCAAGGGCUCUUUGUCUUCUGAUAAUAUUUACGCUGGACUACACGGGGACAGCACCGGCGCACAAGCUCCACCCGGACAAGGCUGGUCUAAUAACCCUCAAACAUCUGAGAGAGUGACCUAUAAAUCGAGCAGCAAGCCACGAGCUAGAUUUCUCAGUGGGCCUGUGUCUUUGUCUAUCUGGUCAACACUGAAGCGACUGUGUCUCGGCAAAGAACGUGGCAGCAGGUCUGGAGCCGGGCCAGGGGCUUUCAAUCAAUCACAGCAGCCGCCUGCCGGUCCCACACCUCCUUCUCAUCAGCCAGUGACGGGACUGGCCCAAGCUCAGGCCAAUAACAGCAACAAUAAGACAGCUACAUACACUGGCUCAUCCAUGAGUGCCAAUGAAAACAACCUGCCUGAAGACUUGCAGCGGCUGAUGGAGGACUGGGCCCAGGAGGUUCUUAUUGUCACCCACAGGCCGCGCACUAACUCUCUGAGCAUCAGUGGGCAACCGCUUUGGAAUCAGGUUUUGCCUCAAACACACGGACAACUGGCUAGUGCUUCAGAUGUAUCAUGGACAGUCCCAGGUCCAGAGGCCUGCAGUCUUCUUCUGUCAUGGCCUGAUAGCCCCGGGUCAACAAAGAUUACCAGCCCCUCCACAGGGCCCCAUCACAGUUAUCAGCUACACCUUCCUGCUCCAUUCAGGGCCUUGUCCUCUCCUCUCUCUGUUAGCCAGUGGCCUGGGUUGCUCUUCCCUCUUCCUUCAGGAGUCUUUGCCUUUCCUGCUGUGCGUUCAUCCCUGGACGCCCCCAGCCCCAUUCCAGCUCCAUCAUACCAGCCGCCCGACCCCAAAGCCAGGACUCUCUAACCUGAGUAGCAUCAUGUCUUCCAACUCUGUUACCAAAAAGAAAUGUCGUUAUAGUUCCAGUCAAUCUUAUGUGCAUAUAUUGUAUAUAUUUAACCAGCAUGUAUUUAAUCAUAUGUACAUACUCGUCUCCAUUCUUGAAUUUCAUUUAAUUUGUUUAAUUUGCAUCAACAUACCUCAUGUCGAUAUUACAGUGCAUAAUCCUUGAGUACAGUGUAAUGGUAGUAGUACAUUAAAAAUAUGUAUAAUUAGCCCAAUCAGACUUAAAAGAGCAAACUUUUGUCAUUGCUUAUAUAUGUACCUUACCACUCAUUGAAUGUACAUAAUGUACUGUUCAUUCAUGGUACGUUUAUAUAAAUAGUUCAUGUUUGUGUUGUUCAUAUAAGCAGUUGGUGUAUAUAUGAAUUCUUGUUAGUCUGUACAUAUCUCCUGUGUUUGUACAGAUAACAUUAGAUAAUCCAUUGGUUGGUGCUGCAGAUAUGUGUCUUAAUGCAACACCUUGUUAGCCACCAUCAUGCCGUCACUGUGAAGACUUGACAUCCUGGUCACUAGGACCGGUUGCUUUACUCUGCUCUCUCAGUCCAAGGACAGGUUUCAUUCUUCAUCGAUGAAAUGCUUCCAGCACAAGCGCUUAAAAUAUCCUUAAGAGAUUUGAAUGAACUUGAAUUUUAUCUUCAGGUGAAAAAACACCUGGGAGAGUGCCUUGAAUUGCAGUUUCAGUUUUAUGAAGAGAAGCAUUUAGAUUCAAAGUAGACACUAGAUAUUCUUUAUAUGCUUUCGCCUCCAAUGGUAAAUUAUGUGAUUUGAAUAAUGAAUGGGGAUUUACACAUUUAAUUUAAGAACAAAACAUAAUUAAACAAUAUAAUCUGGUCAUGUUGCAGUUGCGUAAAAUAUCACAGAUUGUAAAACUAAAUGUUGUUCACUGAAGUCAUUUUCUUGUGGGAUUGCUUUACAACCUUCACCACGGCCUGCAUGAAUACACUGAUAUUCUGAAUGUGCACAGGUUGAUGUGGUGAGUUACGAGAGGAUGUUGUUAAGAUAAACUGGCAUUGAAACUAUACAACAAGGAGGGCUUAAGGACUCAACAUAAGAGCCAUAAUCAUACCAUACCUCUAAUGCAGUCUGUAGCUUUACAUAUGGUUGCCUUUGUGGUUUUUAAGAGAAUACUGUGUGGUCGGUUGUUGUUUGAUAAAUGUUGAAGAUAUGAUGAUGUUAAUGGCACAUGAAGAAUGUGAAUUAUUGAAGAAGCCACAACUGUUUGACAUAUUGUUUGUACAAUGCACAGGUUUUUCUAAAUUGUCUUUACUCAAUGCUGGCCUCACAAGAUCAUCUGGCUCAUACAGCUAAGUAUAUGUAUUAUGGCUGACUUAAUUCAAAGAUAUCCAACAAAUAUUAUGCUAUCAUGCUAUCAGUUAUUUCAACAGUGCAGCCGAAAAAACAUCCCUUUCACUUUCAAUACUUAAUGCUCUUGUAUAACCUUUAUUAGCAAAUUUCCCUCUAAAGAAUAGUUUGUAGAAUGCAACAAUGUUUUGAUGUAUCCUGGUAAAACAAAGCAGUGGCAAAAUUAUAUGUAGACAAUAAGUAGGUUGGGUGUAUUCAUUUAGACAGAGUAUGGGUCAAGCUCCAGAAAUGUUGAAAACUACAUUUCCUGUAAUGCAGCUCUAUAGCAACUUUGACAUCAUAAGAGUUAUUUUUCAUUUUUAGAUCUUUCCAGAGCCACAGAAGACAACAGUACAAGCAGUGCCCCUUAUGAUGAAAAAACUGAAUUGAAUUAACAGAAAAUGAAACUUCCAUGAUGAUUUAUAGAUUAUUUUUUAUUUUUCAUCAGAACUCCUAUGCAGCUAUUUUCUUUGUGCUUUACACAGUAACUCCUGUAUUUGGUCUCUUUAAUGCUUGCAAUGAAAGCUAGGUGUAUGGUUCCUUUUGCCUGCUGUAUCACCUGUUUUCCCAGAUCUGUACUCUUGAAGCUGUACAUACUUGAAGACAGAAAUAAUAAAUUCAUUUUUGCUUGACAUCAUA